AUGAACCCUCCAAAAUCUCCCACCUCCCCAACUAUCAAAACCCGAUUUCUCAUCCUCUCCGAUACACAUAGCAGAGAAUUCGGCCCAGAAACCAACCCAACACAGCAUGCAGACGUAGUCAUUCACUGCGGCGAUCUCACAGAAGGGUCUACGCUAGAAGAACUGCACUCCGCCAUACACCUUCUCUCGAACCUCACUGCCCCCCUCAAGCUUGUCAUAGCCGGAAACCACGAUUUCACCCUUGACACCCCCUUCUUCAAGGACAAGGUCGCCGGCCAAUUCAAAGUCCUUGACCCAGGCCUCAUCAAGAAGGCAUACGGCGACCCGGGCGAAGCGCGCCAGCUCUUCAACGAAGAACCAGCCACUUCGGCCGGAAUCGUAUUUCUCGACGAAGGCACGCACCAUUUUACUCUCGAGAAUGGCGCAUCGUUAACCCUCUAUGCCAGCCCCUUCAUUCCCGCAUGCGGAGGCUGGGCAUUUCAGUAUACACGUCAAAAGGGCCAUGACUUUCGCAUUGAGAAGGGCGUCGACCUAGUCAUAACCCACAGCCCCCCAAGAGGGAUCCUGGAUCGGACAUUAUCCGGUGAUCAGGUGGGGAGCACACAUCUCUUCGAUGCCGUUGCUCGCAGCCGACCCCGUCUGCACUGUUUCGGGCAUAUCCACGAGGGCUGGGGAGCGAAGCUUGUCACAUGGCCACCGCGGGCGGAGAACAUGGGCGAGACACCGUUGCAGCUUUCAGAUAUUGAUGAUGGACAGUCAGUUGUUGUGGGCGAUUUGUCGACGGUAAGGAGUCGAGAGGCCAAUGGGGCGGGGACGGGGACGGGGACGGGGACGGGGACGGGGGAGCAUUCUGAGACGUGCUAUGUGACCAGCCAUUGUAGUGGAGAUGCCAAUCCGGUUGAAUUGGGGAGGCAAACGCUCUUUGUAAAUGCUUCCAUUAAGGAGAUGGAUGAGGAUUUCCCUCAACAUCUGCCCUGGCUGGUUGAUAUUGAGCUUCCAAAGGAAUACGAUGCAACGUCAGAUCGAGCCGCAUGUUCCCUGUGGCCAACAAUGUCAAGCAAUCACAGCUCCUCGGGGCACCAGGCUGGGUCUCCUCCCAGACGUAGUCUUACUCCACACAUCAGCACCCUAAGUGCUGCCAGCAGGCUGAAUGGGUCCAUGGAUACAUCAUCUCCACUUUCAUCCCCGCUCAGCCUGUGUUCUCCCUCCGGCCCACCCUCCUCCUUCAUCUCACCCGUUCCUCUGGAACGAACCACACAGUGCAAUGUCACCUCCAGUCCAUCUCCUGUCCCCCAUUUUACCAGUGAAGGCGUCUUUUCCAAUACGACCAUGGGAAGCAGGCUGCCGGAAGCCUCCAGCGGCCAACAGCAAACUAUCUCAUCGUCAAAUUCCUUCUCCCAACGGAUCGUGAGAGAUGGGCAGGUGAUCAUUACCAAUUCCGAUGAGGAUACAGACUCGCUCUCAGAUCUAGAAACAGCAGACGAUCUGUUUAAUAAAUUUCUGAAACCGAUUCCUGGCGCAGCUCACUCCACUUCAUUCCCCACCAAGGCUCAUAAUGGUAGGGAUGACGAUAACGGCAGCAGCGCAGCUAGGAGAUCGCGGCAACCCUAUGCAGGCCUUAGCUCUCUGAAAUCCAAUGAUUCAAUAAAUCUACCCAAAUAUCAAUUUUCUCUGGACACUCUUGUUGAAGAUGCUGCCAAUGACAAGAGAACAGAGGCCAAAGUUGCAAAGAUAAAAAAGAGCCUCCAGCCCAAAGCUCCAUCGGAUAAGAGUUGUGGGGUGCUGCGUGAUGAUCUGCUCGCUGCAGCUGUGGAGAAUGAGACGGAUACCAAGGGCAUUCAGCGACUCAGAGAUGCUGUUGAAAGAACAGAAAUGUUUGCGAUUGGGAGAAGCUGGCUGUUCUUCGAAGAGGACCCACCAGCUGUACCUCAGCCUAAGUUUCCCUCUAAGUCCAUAGCGCCUGGGUCCUGGCAGGUUAAUUUGAAAGAUCUUUCUUCUCGCGGUCGAGCAUUUUUCUCAGGGAUAGUCGCGGAUUCGUUGUCGAUCAACACUCUGCCGGAUGAGAUACUGCUGUGGAUUCUACAAGCUGUCACGACGGAACAAGACGAUUACUUGCGAAUGUCAUAUAGCAAUGUAUUAAUUAACUCCACCUCGAGACGUAUAUCAUCGCUCAUAAACCCAUCCUGUAUCGAUCAGAUUUUCCAAAGGCUUGGGGCAAGGCCAGCCGCGCUUGCUCUAUCCAGCAGCCUAGAGCCCGACUACACAAUAUCUGAUGAAUAUCGGAUUCGAGAUCAUAAAUAUCUAUUAUCAGCACUCCAAAUAAUACACGCGCUAUCAGAGAAGUUCGACGACAACACCCGCGAAUAUGUACUCAAGGUCAUUCUUCGACUUGCCAUAGAUGAAGGAGUCAUGACGGACUGUCUUAUCAGCCUAGAAGUACAAAAGAUCAUAACGAGCCUUCUGGGAGCCCCAGACAAAAUCUCAGACCUAACACUCUACGACAUAUCCCUCCACCUCUUCAAAACCGUAAAACACCCCGAACUCCAAAUCCAACUCCUCAAAAACAUCCUCCCCAUGAACCCUCGCAUCGCCCUCUUCCGCUGCCGUCUCGCCUGGGCCUACUUCUACCAGGACUCCUCCCCCCUGGGCAAACCCCAAGAACACCUCUUCGACCUCCCCCGCCUAACAGCCUACCUUCGCCACGACAAACGCUUCGACUCAAACGCCCCCCGCAACAAUCCCAAAACCCCCUUUAAUUUCUGGGAACUUCACGCCCUCACCUGCAUCCUAGACAUAGCCAUCGACUCCGGCACGACAAAGCCCUCCUUCAGCGGCAGUCGGGAGAGCGAGUUCAAUGCCGUCGUGGACGGACUGGCGGAUGUCAUCAAGGCGAUAUUCUCUGCGAUUCGGGAUUCGGGGGCGUCGCAUUUGCGCAGGUCGGAGGCGAGGGAGAAUUUGCAGGCGUUGUAUUAUCGGCUUGCGUUUGGGGUGAGGACGAGGCCGCGGCCGGCGAAGGCGUUGUUUGUGAUUGGGGAAAGGGCGGUGGAAAAGCAUCAGAAGACGCUCACUGAGCACGUUAAGGUGGUAGGGGAUGGUGGUUCAGGUCGGGUUGAAGGUAAAGGGGCCCGUUGA